UAGGGGAGACUGGCACACCUCGACACUCAGUGGCUCAGCACACGACGCAGUGAGGCUCACUUCCUCUGACAUACCACUGUGUAGUGCUGCCUCUGAACCUGGCACACUUAUCGCGGUACUUACGAGACUUCGUGGCAGUCUCACCUCUGAACAACGUUAACUCUCGCUCUGCAGACGGAGGUGUUGCUACACUUCUUGCUGGUGAACUUCAACUCUGGCUCUGCAGACGGAGGUGUUGCUACACUUCUUGCUGGUGAACUUCAACUCUCGCUCUGCAGACGGAGGUGUUGCUACACUUCUUGCUGGUGAACUUCAACUCUCGCUCUGCAGACGGAGGUGUUGCUACACUUCUUGCUGGUGAACUUCAACUCUCGCUCUGCAGACGGAGGUGUUGCUACACUUCUUGCUGGUGAACUUCAACUCUCGCUCUGCAGACGGAGGUGUUGCUACACUUCUUGCUGGUGAACUUCAACUCUCGCUCUGCAGACGGAGGUGUUGCUACACUUCUUGCUGGUGAACUUCAACUCUCGCUCUGCAGACGGAGGUGUUGCUACACUUCUUGCUGGUGAACUUCAACUCUCGCUCUGCAGACGGAGGUGUUACUACACUUCUUGCUGGUAAACUUUCGUGCUGGUAGCGGAGGUAGUGGUAACUCGGAGCUGCCCUGAUAAAAAGAUUAUAGACACCUAUAUAGCUACACUGGAGUUCGGGAAUAUAACAAAGCUAUGAACCUCAACGGAAGUAACGGAAUCAGAGUAAACAUCACCGAUGUUAACAGUACCAAUAACACCAUCGUUCACCACCUGGAUAACUUACUGAAGUUCAGACACAUCAUCCAGGAGCUCUUAGAGAGUCACUGCAAGAAUGCCACGUCCAGUGUCGUACGUGAAUUGAAGAUCAUUUUGAAGACCAACAAUGAGACAGGUGUCUCGCACAAGUCGAAGUCAGAGGACUCUAUGGCAGUGCUCUACAUCGUCUUCGUGCUCUUCUUCUAUGCCGCCUCACUCCUCAUCCUCCUCCUGAAGUACCUCCGGAGGGAGAGGGAAUCUUCACGUCUCCAACAGUUCUAUGAUGAUUACAUGGAUAGCAAACACCCUAGCCUAGUGGUGCACUACGACAACACCGGGAAAUUGCUUCACACGCAGACCUCAACGGAGUCUUCAGGAGCCUUGCCAGAUCCAACCAACAUCUCAACCACCACACACGUCAUGUUGCCCACCUUCACUCCCUCCAUCACGCCCACCAUCACUCCCUCCAUCACGCCCACCAUCACGCCCGACCCCACCCCUCCUUCUUCCCCGAUGGAUUCUACGUUGCCUGUCUACCCCACUGAGAUCGGCCAAGAUUAAUGGGGCAGGGAAGUACUGACGAUAGUCAUGUACUAAUACCUGCUAAAGAAAAAUCUUUUGGUGUGUUAGGACUCGGUCAUCAGUUUUUGACGUGACUGUAGACUUCAGUCUUCCCCAGACUUGACUUGUCUAUCUAAUUAUAGACGAGAGCAUUCUGUACUCUUUAAACCUGAUAUGCAGUACUUAGCCAGAAUUCGUACUCAGAUCUGACAUAGUUCUAGUAUUUCCUACCUAGAGCACUCCAACACUCAUCCUGUACUCUCCCAGAGCACUUCUACAUCCAUCCUGUACUCUCCAAUCUGUACUCUCGCAGAGCAGCUCAACACCCACCCUGAACUCUCCCACACCCAUCCUGUACUCUCAAAGAACACUCCUAUAUUAAUCCUGUACUCUUCGAGAGCACAACCACACCCAUCCUGUUCUCUUCAAGAGUACACCGACACAUAUACUGUACUCUCCCAGAGCACUUCUACACCCAUACUGUACUCUCUCAGAGCACUUCUACACCCAUACUGUACUCUCCCAGAGCACUUCUACACCCAUACUGUACUCUCCCAGAGCACUUCUACACCCAUACUGUACUCUCUCAGAGCACUUCUACACCCAUACUGUACUCUCUCAGAGCACUUCUACACCCAUACUGUACUCUCCCAGAGCACUUCUACACCCAUACUGUACUCUCUCAGAGCACUUCUACACCCAUACUGUACUCUCUCAGAGCACUUCUACACCCAUACUGUACUCUUCCAGAGCACUUCUACACCCAUACUGUACUCUCCCAGAGCACUUCUACACCCAUACUGUACUCUUCCAGAGCACUUCUACACCCAUACUGUACUCUUCCAGAGCACUUCUACACCCAUACUGUACUCUUCCAGAGCACUUCUACACCCAUACUGUACUCUCUCAGAGCACUUCUACACCCAUACUGUACUCUCUCAGAGCACUUCUACACCCAUCCUGUACUCUCUCAGAGCACUUCUACACCCAUACUGUACUCUCCCAGAGAACUUCUACACCCAUCCUGUACUCUCCCAGAGCGCAGUAGAUAGUUAAUUCACUUACAACUUCUUCCUGGACCUCACUCAACUAAUCUAUUUGCAUAGAAAUAUUUUCUGCAUUCAUUUUACACUGAUUCUUUAGGAACCUAAUCUUCAGGCCCAGGACGAUUUUUCAUGUUGCAUUAUAAAUCAAUAUAAAAAAGUCACAAAUUUGCCAGCUAAACUACUUUAUACAUUAGAUAAUAUUCAUUAAUAGAAGUUCAUCUGAGACAUUAACAAGGAGACGUGUCGACCAGGCUAUAAGAUGCUCUGAUAAAACUAUUUUUGCCACUAAAUCAGGUCUCCCGAAUCUGUAAAUUUUUUGAAGAGUUUGUGUUUUAUACUUGUGAUGGUCAAUGUUUUUUUUUUUGUCAAUAAAGACUUACCUCACUA